AUAUAGCACUAUAUAGUUAAAUACAUACAUUCCCCUCUCUUAAAAUGUCGAACAUCCAAAACGACGCAGUAUUCUUGAUAAAAGAUGUAAAACCCGGAUUGAAAAAUUUAAAUAUCAUCUUUAUUGUUUUGGAAAUAGGUCGGGUGACCAAGACCAAGGAUGGCCAUGAGGUGCGGUCGUGCAAGGUGGCCGACAAAACUGGCAGCAUCACUAUCUCUGUCUGGGAUGAGCUGGGCAGCCUCAUCCAGCCCGGUGACAUCAUCCGCCUAACACGGGGGUAUGCCUCUAUCUGGAAGGGCUGUUUGACACUUUACACUGGAAGAGGAGGGGACCUACAGAAGAUUGGAGAGUUCUGCAUGGUCUACUCAGAAGUCCCAAACUUCAGUGAGCCAAACCCAGAACUGCUUGCCCAGGCCAACUUGCAGAAUAAGACCGGGAAAGCAGAACAACGGGGUGACUGUCCAAACAAUCAGAAUUCAGGUACCACUGCACAGACAGGUAAUGGUUCGUUGCAGACCUACUCCACUAACAGUUCCUCCCCUGCUCCCCGGGACCCUGCCUUGGGGGGAUUGGGACGGGCUAAUGGCCGUCUUCCAGGGAAUGGUGCCCCCCAAGUGCCUGUAGGGGGAACCCCUAUGGGGUCCAAACCCUCCGUCUCAAUCAGCAACGGUCGGGAUCCUCGACGUGCUUCCAAGAGAUGACACACCAAAACCUGUCCCCUGACCACACCUUCCCCGGGAAUGCACAGUUUUUUUUUUAAUUUAUUUUUUUGCCCCUCCCCCUUUUGCCCCCACACCUAGUGCCAGUGUUUAACUACCGUCCCCUAACCCCAGGCCUGAACCCGUCGUGUAUUAAAACCAUACGCUCUACUUGAACACUUGUUGCACUUUCUUCGUAAUUUAUAAGGAGCGUCAGUCAUUGCUGUAACUUCAGGAAUGUCGGUCUGCUUUAUUCAGAUGCCAGUCUGUGCAUUGUUGGGUUCCGCCUUCCAGCCCUGCUGCUCACGAUUACCGCCGGUUCCCUUUUUGACCAAAAUGUAUCAUAAGUGACUGUGUGAAAGGUGGUAGUUUGAUAUUCACAGGUAGGCUAAUUUAAUUUGUUUGACAUGACAAUAAAAUGAAUAAAACCCCUAA